AUGGACACUGCAAUGGCAGCAACAAUCAUUCCGACCCCGAAUCUUUCAAGUCCUAAUAACAGUUUUGGACCUACUGAAGCACGUGCAGCACCAAUUUCUGCCUCUCGUUUUGCUCAGCGUCGUCUUCGUGUCGUCACGGUACCAAAACAUAGCAAUAAAAUGCAUCGGACACGUACACUCAGUGAGCUCAUUCUCCUCUCCCCACGUAGCAGUCCACGUGUGACACCACGUCACAAACGAUUUGAUAUGGAUAUUGAAGUCUCGAGUUUCUUUGCUGAAGGAGAAGGUCUUGUUGAUUUAAUGGCUAGUAGUCGGAAUCUACGACGUCAGAGUGAACGUCACUCGAUAAUCGAUGAAGAAGCUACGACGUCAGAAACUCAAUUUUUCCCCUUUUCCAGUAAUCAACAUGAACAAAUGGACGUAGAUGAAGCUGAACCAGAACUUGAGCCGGAAAUGGAGAUGGAUGAAACGCAUCAUAGUGUGGGAGAAGUCGUUGACAUGCUCUUUGAGAUCCAUUCGGCUUUAAAAAGCCGUCACUUAGGACAACGAACUGCUGCUUCGGCUCUCGCUGUGAGUAACCUCGUGAGUACCCUCGCGUACCCCACACUUGAACCUAUUCCUCGUGAUGAGCAAUUGGAAGCACUUGAAAACACACGCAAGAUGCUUGAAUGUGCCAUUUGUCAAGAAGUAUUUACAAAUGCUACUGAAGCUACGUGCUGUGGCCAAAUCUUUUGUAAAGAUUGUAUUGAACGAUGGGUAAGUGAACGUGGAUCGUGUCCUAUGUGUCGUGAAGCCAUUGGAUUUUCACUCUUGGCUCCAUCACGUCAUGCACAACGAAUGGCUAAUGAAAUGAAAGUUACAUGUCCGUACUGCUCGGAAUCAAUGAAGAAGGCAAGUUUGAGUGACCACAUUGUAGUAUGUGACCAAGCACCCGUGGAACCUCCACCUCCUGCUGAUGUUGCAUUACGACAGUUACUCAUUCGUACUGCGAGACUUAAUAGUGCCAUGUUGGCACACUUUCUUAUGACCCCAUCGCCUCCACAAUCACUCAUGAUGCAAUGCUACAUUCGUACUCGAGGUGGUGGAAACUAUGAAUUGUAUACCCAAGACUCGGAUACAUUAUUAUGUACCGCUGUGCGUCGUCGACAAUACGAUAUGUCGGUGAGUUUUAUCAUUUCCUUAGCGACAAAUUUAGAUCUUUCGACCAAUCAGAGUGAAGAUGGUGGAUACCCACUAAAUGCACCAAUUCCCGUUGCGCGAUUGGACAAAAAUUACAUGGGGUCUCAGUAUACAAUGUAUGAUAUUAGAGGAGAGGUACCCCUUGAGCUUGGAGCAGUUCAAUAUGCAGCCACGUUUGGAAAAUCGCCUCGUCAAAUGCGAGUGGCUUUGCCACUAGUAGCUCCAUUGGAGAAUGUUGAUAGUGCAGUGGACGGUACACCGUCGUGGAUGGUACAGCCGUGGAGACCCGAGAGUAAAGAGGACACAAUCUUAGCGCAAGUAGAGAACCCGGACACUGCUCGUGCGUUGCACUUGAUUAACAAACCACCUGUAUGGAUUGAAUCACUUGAAGCUUAUUGUCUGGAUUUUGGUGGUCGUGUGGCUGCUGCAUCCGUAAAGAACUUUUUGCUCUCACAUCCGGAUGAUAUGGACAAGACCCUCAUGCUUUUUGGACGCACACAAGACCGUCAAGUGUAUUCGAUGGAUUAUGCUCACCCUUUCACCCCUGUGCAAGCAUUUGCCAUUGCUUUAAGUAGCAUGGAUUCUCAUCUUGUGACAUUUGAUUAG